AUGGUAGAGGCAUUGACAUUCCUGAGCCAAGCUCAGCGUCCUCAGGUAAUCGCCUCCUGAACGGGUUGAGCAUCCACUUCGUGCGAUAAGCAUCCUUUUUGGGCUUUUGCGACAGCCAACACCAAGCCGAUUUGCGUAGCGAAGGUCCAUCAAACAACAUCUUCGAAACUGCAAAUAAUCCAUGCAAUACUCUGAACACUGGUCGUUCUAUUGACCGCCUAAUCGAAUAGCGGCUGAAGCGUUUUUUCAAUUCGCAGCAGGAAAAACCAAUCUCAUCAACUUCUUGCAAUCAUGUUAUCGACAGGCCAUAUGAGCAAAUACUGGGCUUUCACAGCCAUAGCGUUAUGCGUUCUCUACGUGGUUUUCCACUUAUCCAACUCAGAGAUGCUGCCAUUAAUCCCCAAGUCGUCCACGUAUGACCAGGGAGUCGGAGCGUCAAGGGCGAGAGUCGACAUGGACACGGACGAAGGUCGGCAUCUUGCGGAAGCUCUUCAGUCAACGUUUACACCAUCUCAAUCUUAUCCGGCGAGAUUUCCUCGAACCAUUUGGCAGGCCUGGUUGGGACCAGAUGAGCAUGGUCACGAAAAGUUCGCGGAGAGAACCGAGACCUGGAAAAAGGUCAAAAGUUUCGAACAUAAAAUCUUGAAAGAAGUCGAUGCUUUGGCAUUCAUUGAGGAACACUUCGCGUCGCGGCCCUCGAUUGUCAAUUUCUGGAAAGGACUGAAUACCACGGUCCUCAAGGCAGACUUCUUGCGGUACCUGGUCAUGCUCGCGGUAGGAGGCGUCUACAGUGACAUCGACACGUCCAAUCUCGUUCAUCCGGACCGGUGGAUUCCCAUCGAGUUGGGGGCCAGCACGAUCAAUGCGAUUAUCGGCAUCGAAUACGACGACCACACUUACAAGAUGUUUAUCCGCCCAAUUGGUCUGUGCCAGUGGACAUUGAUGUCCAAACCUGGCCACCCCAUCUUUGAGACUGCCGUUCAGCGAGUCAUGAGUAACUUGGAGUACAUCGCCCGCCGGAAACGGGUCACUCUGGGUGAGCUCACUCUCGACAAGAUGGAAACCCUCGAAGCUACUGGGCCAGGAAUGAUCACCGAUGCUGUUAUGCAGGUGUUGAAUGACCAGGGUCAAAAUGUCACUUGGGCGACGUUGCAUGACCAGAGAGAACCGAAACUCUAUGGAGACGUGCUCAUCUUACCUAUCAAUGGCUUCGCCGGCCAUCAAAAGCACAGCCAUGCCGGCGAUCCCGCGUACGGGGAAAGAUAUAUCCAGCAUCAUUUCGCCAGGACAUGGUACGCCCCUGAACGCAGUGGAGGGCCAAGUGAUAACAAAAAGGACAACAAGGAUGGCGAACAAAAGUCCCAAAGCAAGGCUGAAGGAGCAGGGGAGGAGAAGGCUGAUGUCAAACAUGAUGGAAAGAGCGAAAAAGACGGCGCCGCUUGAGGGUUCAAAGGCGGCAUACAGCCGACAUGAGAAGUACACAACCCCUAUAUCGACUGUUUGUCUGCCCAAGACACACUAUGCGGUCUUCGAUGAUGCAUACCCACGAUUUGAGGGCAGGACCAAAGAUCCUGGGUUCCACAAUACACUGAAUACUCUCCCUCCGUCGCAGGCGCCUUCCAGUAACCAACUCUAGGCCGAGGAGCUUGCACAAAAACGCCCGACUUCGUUUCCUCGAUCAGGCGAAACCCAACCAACCUUUAGGCUCCCUUUCGCCCCGGCGUGGUCAUACUCGAGUCGGUAACGCUACGGGCAGACAACGGCCGUUCAUCCAGGACCGUUGGGGGAGAUAUAUCGAGAAGCGUGUCGACGGCUCAGCAGGCACGCAUUGCGUCCAGAUUGCACAUGGCAAAAAAAUCUUCCACUGGUGGGGGAGUGGUUCAAGAUCGUACUAGAUCUAUUUGGGCCGAGUUUUCCAUGACCACUGUGUCCCACCAUGGAUGGAUAUACAGACGUUUCGGAAGAGGUGAGGAGGUGUCCGUCCGGCUUGUCGGACCGUGUGAAAGGUUUUAAGAGGGAGCCAGAAGCUCACGAAAGGCAGUUAACAUGGUAGUAGUAGUUCGCAGGUAGACCAAGUCAGGUAAAGCCGGCGUCUGGCAAGAAAAAC